ACGUUUAGUUACACUUAGUCACGUCACUUGCUUGACUAACCCUGGAACCUACACGCGUUAAUUGCCAGUUAACUUCAGAAUUGUCAGUUUUUAACCGUCAGAAUAUAUUUCCGUCUAAACUGCUCUGGUGUUAAUUCUAUCCAAUCAAACUUGCUUGUUUUUGAAGUGAAAACGUACAUUGCAGUGGUCCUAGGAACGAGGUUGCAAAAACAUUUAGCACAAAGGGGAUUUUGGAUGUAUUUUCUGUUUUAGUUAAAGCGCAAUUUUAAUGCAACUUAUAUUCUGCUGUUUUUUAAUCAAUUGAGAAAAUUCGAUUGAAAGUAAUAGUUUAUUCGAGAAUACCAAAUUUGAAGAAAGAUUUGGAACGUUAAUAUGUUUAAGAUUGUGUUUUAGAAGUUAAAAUAAAAUGCAGUUUUUUCCUGCAGAUUCUCAAUUUUUCGUUCACUUUUUCAAAAGGAACGCCAUUAAAAGCCUGGAAUGUUUUUAACACAUUCCAAACUUUGACUAAUAAAGGUCCGAUGUUUUUGUUUGGAAUUCAUGGUUUUCGUAGCGUAGCUACAGAAACUAUAAUGCGUAGUCGUUUGAAAAAUACCAUCUGUAAAUCAGCUGUUUUAAAAAGGAAAGAUGAAAUUAUGAACUUCGUUAAUUCCUCUGUUAAACAUUUGGUUUAUCUAAUAAUGAGCCCAUGGUCGCUAACCCUGGGUCUCCUUUUUGGAAAUUUCUGCUAAGUGAAAGAUUUUUGUAGAUUUCUUUUUUAUUUUAUUUUUUUUAUUUUUGACGUUUAUUAGAUAUAAGAGUUAUGCCAUUUAUUUCUGACUGUUCGAGAUUUUUCUGUGUGUGAAUGAUUUACUUAUUUUCUGUUAUUUGUAUAUCGAUGAGCCAUGAGGUUUUUUGGAUAAAAGCUGCAAGAUAAAUUGACUUUAAACACUUUCAAUUCGUGAGUCACCUCUUUAGUAUUAUUAAAAAACUCAUUAGAGAAGAUUUUCUGUUAAAUAUGUUUAUUUUUCAGUAAAUUUAAACUUAUCACCUGUGCCUACUCUUAGGCCCUUUAAAUUCAAUUGAACUGCGUGAUUCGGUGAUGUGUAAUCAGUUUUAAAGAUUUUUAUAGAAUUGUUCGUUUACUAUUUUCUGUUUAAAUUCAUGGUUAUUAAUAUUUAAUAAUGAGAUGAAAAUUUCGUUGUUUUCACAAAGUUGUUUCUUGAUUAUUCAUUUGUCUCUAUUUUCUUUUACAUCGCAAUGUUUGUAUUCUGAACAUCAUGUUGAAUUUUCGGCACAUUUCCUACUUUUUAUUGCUAACUGUGUUUGUUGUUAGUUCAAAAAGUGCAUUAUUGAAUGCAGUUUAUUGGGAAGUGAAGCCGUUUCUCUUUACCAAUGAAGAUGGGGAAAUCGACGGAAUCAUCGCGAAGAUAUUUGAAAAUGGGAAUAUGUACUGCAAUAAUUCCACUCAACCGCUCAUUAACUACACAUUGAAACAUGAAUCAAGGAACUCGUUUAAACGCCUCCUACACUCAAACGAGACUUACACCAAGGGGAAGUUGAAAAAUGUCCACAGGGAAAAAGCAGUUUGGUUUCCUGUAUUGGGAUCACCAAAGAUGGAUGAUUUGGGGAUUCAUGCUGGAUUCCGGCGUUUCGAAUUGAUCAAGUUAUCGGAUGUUGUGGUAAUUGUUCCACGCUAUGAAAUUUCUCUGCCAAAUAAAAUAUACCGGGGUAUUCUUAGUUGUCAGCAAAUUUUCAUAAUUGCUUUUCUGUUGUCGGCGUUUUUCGGAAUGGUGGUUUGGAUGAUAGAACGUUUCAAUAACCACCAGUUUUCUCCCUCGUUUUUCAAGGGGAGUGGGUCAGGCUUAUGGUGGAGUUUGGUUUCUAUGACGACGGUAGGGUAUGGAGACAUUGUGCCGCAGUCGGUACUCGGCCGAUUUGUCGCCAUUUGUUGGCUUUUUAUUGGUGUAUUGAUUGGUUGUCUCAUGACAGCCACAAUGACUGAUGUUGUUGGUGGUGUGAACGGGUUGAGCGUGCAUGGAAGGACCGUUUCUGUUCUUGCUCACUCCUCUGAAGAGAGAGUGGCAGCCAAAGAUUAUCGAGCAAAUGUUGUACCAGCAGAUUCGUAUCACGAAGUGCUUGAAUUAGUGAGACAACAAAAGGUUUUCGCCGCCAUUAUAAGUGCUGAUGUAGCUGCAUGGUAUCAAGACGAAAUAACAGACGACUCUUCAUAUUGUCCUCUGCGGAUAAUCCAAAAGUUACCGGCGAAGCUUUAUGUUAACAGUUUGUUCACUGGUAAUGUAUCCGUGUUUCUUAAAUCAAUAAUAAAAUGCAUGUAUCUUCAACGAGACGAAGUGUACACGCAACCGGCGGAGCAAUAUCGACAAUAUUGUCACACAGAGACGCUGUUUAUUGGUUCCGUGAUGGACUUGUUCCACGAGAGCAUUUUUAUUCAAGUUUUACUUGCAAUCGUCUGCGGUCUUUUCCUGAUUGGGGUUAUAUUCGAAAUAUAUUUAUGGUCAGGAAAACGUAAGUUGCGAAGACAGAGUUGUGAACGAGAAGAAAUAAAACUUGUUUGAGCUGGCCGCCAUAUUUGUAAAUAGAAGAGGUUUAAAAUUAAUUAGAAGAUUUAAUAUGAGAUAAAAACAUACACAAACAGAACUUUACAUAAAAAAAAGAAAAUUUGCUUUUUAAUGAAAAAAGAAGGGUUUGUGAAGGUGGGAAUCACUGAUUUUCGACAGGUGGUGUUUUGAUUGAAGUUUUGACAUCAUGACAUUGUGGGGAGGGUCCAUUUUGAUUGUGUGUGAAUUUAUCGAAAAAAAAAGAAAAAACUAAAUGUAUUUUAAUUUUUUAUUCAACGAAGAAAUUGUUUUAUAUACUUUCAUUUCAUCAACAUGUCACUUUCUAAACGUUUUUAUCACACCUUUAUAUUACGAAAAAUAUCUUUAUAAGGAUCAUAGGGCGGUACGAGGCGGUAAUUAUAAGAAGCAUGGGGUGGUACGAACCGGUGAUUAUAGGUAGCAGCAACUGCUAUUUGCUAAAAUGUUACAGAAAUUAAAAAAAUAAACUUCGUAAAAAAAAUUGGAUUCCAUAUAUUUUCAAAAAGAUUUUGCAUCCAACCUUAACCCGAAGGUAUAUUUUUAUAGCAUUUAAAUGUUUAUCCCUCGCCCCUUCCCCUUUUUAAUGGUUCGAGUUAUGCAUUGACGUUAAGUACGUUCUACAUUUAGGUAAUCUGAAAAAUGCCAAAAGAGAUACUCGAGGUGUAAAUAGAGACUUAAAAACAAGCUUCUUGGGCCCUUCUCUAGAGCUUUAAAAUCAAAAUAUUGCAUUGCGCAGAAAUGCCUGUUGCGAAUUUUCUGCAAAAUCACAAAAAAGUGCGAAAAUAUAAAUCAAAAAUAGCUAAUAUUUAUGAUUACAUCUUUUUAACAAAUACAAUGAUGAAGAAUCGUUUAUACGUUGUUGCUGUUAUUGUCAAAAAAUAGCUAGUUAAGAACGAGCAUACGUUUUCGUAGUUUUCGAUCUUCUUUUGAAACAUUUUCCCGUGACAAAAAAAGCCUAAUCAGCCUAAAAGACCUUAAUUUGAAUAAUCUUUUUCACGACAGGAAACAUAGUAAAUAAAUGUCACGAUCACAUGCGAAUUAAAAAAAACCGUACGUAAAACCUGCGACGAAUAAGUUUAAAUAUUAAUUUUAGGAAACAGGGGGUCUUUUUAGGGAAAUGUAUUCCAAUUGAACUUGACAAAUUUGGUCUCGUGUUAUCAUAGUUGAUUUUUCUCUUGCGCAGAUGGAUGGUAGUGAAAUGUGGUACUUAGAUAUUUUGACGUGGAAUUGCUGUUACGAAUAUUUUUAGUUUUGUUGUUGUUGUUGUUUUUAUUGUUGUUUUUUAUUGUAUUUGUUGUUGUUUCAUCCGUCUUGCAUAAAAUUGACAUUGUAAUUAUGAAAAUUUGUCUAGUUUCACUAAUUCUUAUUUUGUUAUAAGUAAGAUUAAAGAAAAAGAUAGGACUUGUAAAGUAAGAAAAUAAACUCAUUACCGUUCUGAUGGAAUAAAACUUUUAUAUAAUUAAUACCUUAUGGUGUGAACCUGACGUUCAGUAGACUACACGUAUUACUAGUUGAAAAAUUGUAAUAUUUUUAAGUAAGAAACCUUUUCACACAUGCCUCCCGUCAGUAGAACGAAUGCCGAGUAGGUUAUUCUGACAAAUCGGGAGAGUACUUAAAAAUUGACGAUGUCAAUAGCACAGACUUCAUUCUGGAUGAUAAAGAAAAUGCGAAAAAGGCAUUUUUCAUCUUUUUCUGUUUCCAUAAAGGUCAUCAUGUUGUGUCAAAAUCAUAUUGGUUGAUGAAAUAUACCCUACUUGCUAAAAACAUAUUUAGUAAAAUUUUAAUUUCUUAUUUAAAAAACCCGUAUUCAUUCAGUAGAAUAUCACCCAAGCUAUUUCUAUUUUGCAUCCUUCAUAUUUAAAUUUCUAGGCUUGAUAAAUAGAGGUGUAGUACUAGACAAGCAUUAGUAUUAGAUUGUAAUACAAUUGUUCACAAGCCAGAUAUUGAUCAUGAAAGUGUCUGUGAAGCCACCUGCAUUAGGGUGGAAAUUUUUUCUUUGUUUGUCCUUCUAAAUAAAAUUCGCUGAUAACGAUUUCACAGAUAAUAUAUGUAUUCAAGUAUUAAAAAUCAACUACACGCGAGCUUUUAUUAUUAUUGUUGUUAAUCCGAAUAUUUAUACAAGAUAUAGCCACUUCUGCGUUGGAAACACUGUUAUCAAUGUGCGUCCUGAAUGUAUACAUUAGGUAUACACCGGCAUUGCCUACCUAAUUUUCCUCACAUUGUAUGGGUUGACCUGUAGCUGUGGUAAAGACACUUGCUAAACAUGCCCGCGCUGUCAACUGAACCACAUGCCUUGUGAUUAAGCGCACUACAUAGCCACUAGGUCACACGCCACAAGAUUACGAUGCUCAAACUAGUAUUUUAUAUUUUUGUUGCCAUCAUGUGUUUCUAGCCUGAAAUCUAGAGAUCAUGGAUAACGUCAAUUUGUUGAAAGUAAUUUUAAAACUUCGAACUUUGAACUUAUAGUUUAACUCUUUAACCAGGUCCGACAGUUUUUCUUAAAAUAAUGCCAGAAAAUCAAAUUUUACUUUAUAUGCAGUAAAACUUCUUAAUUGUUUUUUAGCGUCGACCAGUGUUUUAAAAUAGUCUUAUAAACCACUAUUUUUAUUCGCGAUGUGUAAAAUAACAAUUUUAUCUGUACAACAAGAAAGACACUACUUUAACAUUAAAAAGUUUCGCGUGCUGAAAUUUUCUCGUUUUUUUGCCUUGUUGUCGCACAUUCUUGUACCGCAAAAGUUUUUUUGCGCUAAAAUAAAAAAAUGAAAAUUUGAUCCUAGGAUUGUGUAUAGUGAAAAUCAAUAACCCUAAAUUUCGCGGGUUUUUUCCUCGAAAAGUUUUUACUCGCAAAUUUCUGCUCGCGAAAGUUUUUAUAAAGCAGUUUUUGGAAAUCAAACAAUUACCAGUUAAAAAAGUUUUCGGGAAAUUUUACGAUCGUAAAAUAUUCGAUGUUUAGAAGGAUAAACUCUACCCUGAAACGAUUUCGUUUAUGUAUAGUAAUUUUUUUUUUUGAAUUAAAUUUUCUACGAUUUAGAAAAGUCGUCUUACAGGGCCUCAUGGCCAUAAAUAUCUUUUAGCUAUACCGCGGCAAAGUGUUUUCACAAUUUAUUGUUUUAAGGGUCUGGUAGCACGACACAUUUCUAGCAAAAUGUUCUGAUCAUGCGCAUUAGUUAUCUCUUACUUUUCUCUAAGUUUUUCUUUCUUUCUGCUCUAGAGGGAGUAAAAACAUUUUUGUAUUCAAAUAUGUUUGUUUUGAUAAGAGAGAGUAGAAAUUACUGAUAGAAAAAUGUAAAAUAAAUCUUACUGCAGUAAACUUUAAAAAGUGUACACUUUUUUAUAUAAGAAUAUAAUCUAUAAGAAUAUUCAAGAUGAAAUCAGAAAAAAUUAUAUCUAAGAACAUCUUUAAAUUUGGCUUGCAUCCUAAGUGUUUUAUUCUUUGUUAACUCAUAUAAACUUGUAUCCUUUCAUUGAUGUAAAAUAUCUUUCCCAGGUUUCAUUUGAAUUAGACUGCUUAAACAACAA